GCCCACAAAUCACUCGUAUCCGGUCUGGAUCAGGAAAAAAAAUUACAUUGGUAUUGGAAGAAUAUUUGAUCAAAUAUUCACGUUGUAAAUAGAUAGAGUCGUUGGUUUCCCACUUUCAUGGAUUCUCUGCAGCUUUUGUCAUGGGCGUGCAUCGUGUUCACAAUUUUAAUGUUCUCUACUGGAUUGUCCGAUCUUCGAAGGAUGACACAGGUUAAAAACACAGAAAAUAUUCAGUUUUUGCCUUUCCUUACCACACACCUCAAUAACAUUGGAUGGCUGUACUACGGUUAUCUGAAAGACGACUGGACACUGAUAACCGUCAAUCUGAUUGGUGCCUCACUCCAGGCCACCUAUAUUUUGGUCUACAUUUAUUAUUCUACUGAAAAGAAAAAUGUUCUGCUGAAAACCAGUAUGGCUUUGGGAGUCUUAAUUGUGGCAUACUUCUACUUCACUACUGUGGUGACAGAAGUAAAUUACCGGCUAAGUCGGUUAGGUCUGUUCUGCAGCGUUUUCACUAUCAGCAUGUACAUGUCUCCUUUGGUUGAUCUGGUAAAGAUCAUUCAAACUCGUAGUACGAAGUGCCUUUCAUUCUCCUUGACUGUAACAACAUUCCUCACUUCUACUGCCUGGACGCUUUAUGGCCUGCAGCUGAGUGACCUGUAUAUUAUGGUGCCUAACUCUCCUGGAAUUAUCACCAGCCUUAUUCGUUUUUGGCUUUUCUGGCAGUACCCAACUGGCAAAGAGAAGCAUUCUUCUUACAGACCUCUGCACGCUUAAGCAUGAAAGUUUUCUUUUUUGUUGUUUUUAAUUUUUUGUUUAUAGCAAAGAUAUUUUGGGCACCAAGCCAUAAAAAUCAGGAAGUCCGAAUGACCAUUUGAUUUACAGUAUCUGCAGUUUGCAAACACCUUUAUUUAUGGGACCAAAGAAACCAAAACAAGAACGUAUCUUCAGAUGUGCACUUUAACUUUAGCUCUAUGGACUCUGUUCAGAUAAAAUAAAAGACAGAUGUUUUGAUGUAAUUUUUCUAUACUCCUCUUCUAUAAUGGAUGUGUGUCAAGUUAGAACAAAAUUGUUUAGGGCUAAGCAUAUUUUAACAGUAAAACUGUACAUAUUACUCAUCUAACAAUCGGGGGGGAAGGUCUUUAGUGGAGAUGAGGUAAAAUCUCAGAUCACAGAGAAUACUAUUUUCAAAGGUCAAAGUGCUACAGCUUUUUCUUUAGUUCAUGAGUUUAUCUUAAGGCUACUGCAGCUACAAAAAAAGUUUACAUAUAGUGCUUGGACGGUGCUUUGUACUUCUAAGUUGAUGAAAUCAUAAAGCUGGGCAGAUGUAGUAGCCAAGGUUUAUAAAAGAGGAAGUUUAACAAUGGAGAAUUUUAAAACUGAAAGACACUGUGUUCAUACUUUAUAAGUUAAAAUGUAAAAAAAAAAAAGUUUUACAUACUAUUAAUUGCACUCAUUUGUUACACUUUACUGAAUUGUUUCUGUUGUGUAAUGUAGGAAUGAAUGGCUUCCUUAAGAAAAGCUAUUUUAUACUUUUAUAAAUCCAAAUGUUCUCUUUUGUUACUCGCUAAGCUUUUUUUGCACCAUACUGUUGAUGCCUUUAUCCACUCUAGUAAAACUGAUUUUUCUAAUAUCAUAAAACUAUGCAAAGCUCAACAUCUAACAAUUUCUUCCUGUACAGUAGGAAAAAAAGAAAUGUUUAUAUUUUUUUCAUCAGCUAAGCACCAAAUCAUUAAGUAGAAAAUGCCGAAAGACCAAUCUGUUUUACUGCACUCUCCUUGGAACUGAUGACAGAGUUGCAGGGAUGUAUAUAAUACAAAAGUUAGACACAGAUCUAAGUACUUCUUUUACUAAUGGUACUUCCACAUUUAUCUAAACUUUCAUUUACCAACAGGGUAAAGUUUCACCUUACAAAUGCUGCUUUUCACACUUCAACUGGCCAAUAAAGUGAAUUCUGAUUGAAUUUCAAAUGCAAGGAACAAGGCCUGUUACAAUAGUUGAAGUAAUAAUAAACACACAAAGGGUACAUGAGUAACAAUUUCAAUGUUCGAUUCAUUUUACAACAUAUUUCACACUUGCCUAUACUACAUCACUACAGAGGUGCUCGGGGUGGAAAGAUUUUAUUUAAACAAACUUUAUUUAAAGUGCCUCUCAUUAACAAAAUAUAUAUCAAGUUCAGCUAAAAAAAAAAAAUUUAGUUUUAAGCCAUCAUGAAACAGAAGUAAAAAACAGCAGAGAAUAAUAGUUUUUAUCCUUGUUUUUGACUGCAUAGGAUGAAAAUGAAUUGAAUGGGCUGACAAACUAAUGUACUUUCUGUAGCAAUCUGGAGAAUAUCUAAAGUAAAGAGUUUUUGUAUAGUUACUUAUUGGUAUUCUUACCAGAGACUGAAAUGCCACAGAAGCAAAAAGACUUGUGAUAUUUUGUUUCAUUAUUUUUAUUUAAGAAUAUAUUAUUAAUAAUUAUGGUUUACUCCUUUUCAUUACAAAUAAGAAUUUGAAAGAUUUGUAAAGAAAAAAUUUACAGAAUUAAAUUUACAAUUGGAUUUCUUUUUUUAUAUGUUGACUUUAAAAAGCAAAGGUAUACUUGUUUGAGAAGUAUGUAGUGAUGUGUACUGUGUAGUAUGCCUUGUUAUAGUUUAGUAGGAGGAAUAUUUCUAGCUGUACAUUGCAAAACGUAUUUUUUUUGAGCUAUUGAAACUAGGAACUGUAAUAUAUCCAUGUAUUCCUGAUAAAAAUUAAAUGCUUUUUAUGAAA